GUUAAGCGCGUUAGCUAAGCUAGUAGCUUCAAGAUUCAGAGGUGCGGUGUUGUUUAGUGUUUCAGCUCUGUUUGUAUUUGACGAAAUGAUAAAAAGCAUUAGUCUGACAUGACAUAAGGCGUGUUUUUUGUUAUUUUCUCCACUAUAACUGUAGAGAAAGAGUAACAGUCCCAAGAUGAUUGAACCAGAGCUCCUAACAGAGGUCCCUGCAUCGCUGAAGAGGCUGGCCAAGCAGGUCGUGAGGGGGUUUUACGGUGUAGAACACGCCUUGGCCCUGGAUGUGCUGAUACGCAACCCAUGCGUCCGUGAGGAGGACAUGCUGGAGCUGCUCAAGUUUGAUCGGAAACAGCUGCGCUCUGUGCUCAACACUCUGAAAGCAGACAAGUUUGUGAAGUGCCGCAUGAGAGUCGAGACGGCUCCAGAUGGCAAGACAACGCGUCACAACUACUAUUUUAUUAACUACAGGGUGUUGGUCAAUGUGGUGAAGUAUAAACUGGAUCACAUGCGACGGCGCAUUGAGACAGAUGAACGAGACUCCACCAGCCGCGCCUCCUUCAGGUGCCCCUGCUGCUUCUCCACCUUCACUGACCUGGAGGCUAAUCAGCUUUUUGAUCCUAUGACUGGUACUUUUCACUGCACGUUCUGCCAGACAGAGGUGGAAGAAGAUGCGUCCGUGUGUCCCGAUGCCAGGACACUGGUGGCGCGGUUUAACGAGCAAAUCGAGCCCAUCUACGUUCUCCUGCGCGAGACCGAAGACAUUAACUUGUCUCAUGACCUGCUGGAGCCUGAGCCUACAGAGAUCCCUGCUCUCAAACAGAGUCGUGAACGUGCUGCAGCCUCUGGAGCWAAUGCUGCGAGCGGACCACAUCGUGAAGCCUGGUCUAACAAGGGAUCAGCCUACGCUGAUUUGUACACUCAGAAUGUGGUUAUCAGCAUGGAGGAGCAGGAUGAGCAACAUAAACAGGCCAAUGAGAGCAAGGCACCUAAGGAACAGCCUGUGUGGUUGACCCAGAGUACGGURCAGGGUGCUUACAGCGAGCCUGAUAACCUCAAUAACCGUGGUGAGGUCGUACCCGGCGCUCCGGACGGAGCAGCGGGUCAUGGAAUGGGCCAGGCGGAUGAAAACGAGGAAGUGAUGCGCGCCCUGCUCAUCCACGAGAAGAGGGCUAAUCCAGGAGCAGGUGGAGGUGGAGCGAGCUCUGCUGCCAGGGGUCUUGCCUCGGCCACAGCUAAUAGUGACUCAGAGAGCGACACUAGUGARUCAGACGACGAUUUCCCCCCGGGUCCUCCAACUGCCACGGCCUCUCAGCAUCGCGCUGACAAAGAGGACGAAGAAGAGGAUGACGAUGACUUUGAGGAGGUGGGGGAUGAGCCCAUGGUGAUGGUGGGAGGUCGGCCCUUCUCGUACAGGGAGGUGAGCCUAAGGCCAGAGUUAGUGGAGCAGAUGUCUGUGCAGGAAAAGGAGGCGUAUAUAGAAAUGGGACAAAACCUCUUCCAGGACAUGUACUUUUAAAAUUCUCAACCCCAAAAUACAGUUUGACAAAUGUUUCUGUUUGUCCCACAUCAUCAGUGRUGAUGGGGACAAUGGUUACCAACAGAUGUUUUUAAAAAACAAAAAGAAAAAAAAAUGCUGCUGAGUACUUUAUGUUUUAUUGGAAAACAAACAAAAAAAUAAGAAAACUGCCAGUGUUUCUGCUGUGAUCACACUUUUAGUAUUCUGUUUAAAGUAUUUUGGAAGUAACCAAGCCUAACGGAAGCUGGCUGCCUGCAGAGUGCCAACAAUUUUUUUUUUAGUUUUUCUAUUUAAUUUUAGCUCCACAUUCAACAGUUUGUCUACACCACUUUUGUUUUAGCCUUAGUUUUCAUGUGACAGACAGAAGGGACACACAUUUGUUUUAAUCUAUACACCUGUCCACACUCAGGCUGAAUAUCUUACACCUCAAGGCAGUUUUCUUAAAUGGGUGUAAUUUCAUUGAUUGUGUGAGAAUUGCCAAAAGAUUUCAGAGCAUUUAACAGUACGGAGGCUGGACAUGCUAAAAGACUGAACAAGCUGCUGCUGUUUUCACUGUGCUGCCUGUUAGGACAAUGUGAAAGAACGUUUUCUGUUUUUUUUUUUCUGCAACUCAACAGGCUCGGUUUUAAAAUCCCAUCUCAGGCAAAUGUAAAGAAAUUUUUUUUUUUUUAGGUUGUUGUGUUAACAGUGAAAUAUUUGUAAUUUUCACCAAUCUGUAAUAAAAUGAUAUUCUCUGCCAUGGAAAUGUGAAAUUAAUGUCUCAAUAUAAAAUAACAUCAGUGUCAAG